AUGUCACUCAAAGGAAAAGUUUAUGCGCUGACAGGUGGUGCAAGCGGAAUCGGCUUCGCAACCGCCAAAGUUCUUGCAAAACGCGGGGCUACUGUGAGCAUCGCCGAUAUCGACCUCAAUGCCAUUACAACUGCCACAGCAUACUUUGACGAGCAGGGCAUCGAGGCGCUAGUUUCCCGUGUCGACGUCUCACAACGGCCCCAAGUUGAGGACUGGCUAGACGCUACUGUUCAGAAAUAUGGGAGACUCGAUGGGGCAGCUAACGUGGCUGGUAUCAUUGGGAAGCACCACGGUCUUCGUGCCGUAGCGGAACUUGAGGACGAAGAGUGGCAUAAGAUCAUCGCUGUGAACUUGACAGGAACAAUGUAUUGUCUACGGGCGCAGCUCAACAGGAUAGUAGACGGAGGCUCCAUCGUCAACGUUGCUUCUAUUCAUGGCAUCAAGGGCAGGCACGGCGCCUAUGACGCCAGCAAGCACGGAAUAGUUGGGCUGACAAGAGCGGCAGCAAAGGAGAACGGCCACCGAGAAGUGCGAGUCAACGCUGUUGCCCCCGGAGCCAUAUAUACCCCAUUGAUGAAGAAGGCAUGGGAUAUGCACAACCGACCAGAAGACGCCGCUUUCGACGAACCAACUGCCUUCCAGCGCCAAGGUACGUCAGAAGAGUGUGCCAAUGUGAUAGCUUUCCUCCUCGGCCCUGAGAGUACCUUUGUGAGUGGAAGCGUUUAUGAAGUGGAUGGAGCCUGGAUAUGA